GUUAUCCAGAGAAAACCCUGUGUGCCCGGUAAGAGCACUGAAGCACUGCAAGUCAACCCAAUGGCGUCCUCUACUGCUGUGCCUGUAGGAUUUCAUUAUGAAACAAAAUAUGUAGUUCUCAGCUACCUGGGACUUGUAUCACAAGAGAAGCCACAGGAACAUCUUCCUCCUCCAACUCAAGGAACUCAACAACAGCUUGCAGCACAACAUGCUCUGGAGAAAGAGGCUUUGGAGAAGAUUAAAAUAGAAAUUGAGGAGGAGCUAAAACAUCUUGAUGAAGAAAUCUUGGAAGCUUUUACUAGUACAGGAUUUGACUGCCACACUUCUCCAGUAUUCAGUCCUGCCAAUCCAGAGAGCUCAAUAGAAGAUUGCCUGGCUCAUCUAGGGGAGAAAGUGUCCCAGGAAUUGAAGGAACAUCUGCACAAAGCACUACAGAGCAUGCUUAGCAAGCCAGUGACAUACCAAGAGUAUCGAGAGCGCACACAGGAGGCAGCUGCUCACGCCACUGGAUGGAACAAGGUCUUGGUGCCUUUAGUUCUGCUACAGCAAUUUCUGAUGGAGUUGACCAGAAGGGGCCAGGAACCACUGAGUGCACUUGUGAACUUCGGGGUGACAUAUCUAGAAGACUAUUCUGCAGACUAUAUCAUUCAGCAAGGAGGAUGGGGGACAGUCUUUACUUUGGAGUCCGAAGAGGAGGAGUACCCAGGGAUCAUCGCGGAGGACAGUAAUGACAUCUACAUCCUGACGAGUGACAACUCGGGGCAGGUGAGCCCCCCGGAGUCCCCGACGGUGACCACGUCGUGGCAGUCGGAGAGCCUGCCCGUCUCGCUGUCCGCGAGCCAGAGCUGGCACACGGAGAGCCUGCCCGUCUCCCUGGGGCCCGAGUCCUGGCAGCAGGUGGCCAUGGAUCCUGAAGAAGUCAAAAGCCUGGAUAGCAAUGGAGGGGGCGAAGAACGGAGCGAGAACAACUCUUCCAACUCCGAUAUCGUUCACGUGGAGAAGGAGGAGAUACCGGAGGGCAUCGAGGAAGCGGUGGUGCCCGCGGCCGCUGUGGAGACCGUGCAGGCGGCGUUCCCCGAGCCCCCGGCCUCUUCACAGGAGGUAAAGCCUGAAGCUGCAAUCGGGGCCGCUGAAAAGGCGCAGCCCUCUGCGCUCCUGCGUACGAAGCAGGAGGAAAAGGGAAGAGUGGCCGAAGAGCCUGUGGAACCUGAAAUCCCCAUCUUAAGUAAACCUGGUCCAAAACUAGUGCCGUCAGAAGAAAAGGCUGCACCAGAAUCUGAGAAAAUACUGCUUCCAGGGGAAAAAAAAGUGGGGAAAGAGGGCCGCUUGGAAGAGAUGGAAGAGAAGUCCUCCACUGCAGAGGAGAAGCCUAUCUUAUUGCCCGAAGGGAAAUCUAUAUUGCUGUACGGUGGGGCUGCUGCAGUGGCUAUAUUAGCUGUAGCAGUUGGAGUAGCGCUGGCGCUUAGGAAGAAGUAACAGCUUUCUUGAGGAGGAGGAGGAGGGGGGAGAGAAGAGAGAGCAUUAUCCAAUAUUUGUAGUUGUGUUAACUAAGGGUUGAGCUGCCUGCUGUUUAAUUGGACACUUGAGUAACUUAAUGGUGGUGGGGUGAGGUUAUUCAGUAAGCCUCCAGCUAUGGACAAUCAUGUUUUUAGUAGAUUUAGGGUGGGGACUGGUUUUUCGUGAUUAAAGUACGGGGGGUAUUUUUUAAAAAAAAUAAAAGAAAAAAACUCUGCAAAUUUAAGAACUUAAGCGCAGGUGCUGAAGCAAGGGGUGCUCGUGCUCUAGGAACUGGAACGGAGAAUCCCCAGGGGAAGGGGAGAGCCAGCUGCUGCCAACCCCUGGAGUGUCUCGCUCCGCAGACGGAC